AUUUUAGUAUCUCAUCAGAAUAUUCAUAUCCGUAUUUAAUUAAAAUUUCUAGCACAUACCUAUUCAAAACCUCAAAAGGGUGCUUAAAAUUCAGAUUCAUAAAUUUGAUGUUUCUUUCACAAACCUUCUCUAACAGAUUCCUUAUUCUAUGCUUGAAGUUUUGUGCUUUUUGAGUCAAAAUUUCUUAAUAAGAUUCAGCUUUUUAAUAAGUUGGUUUAUAGAAACCUUUUCUAGUUCUUUUAACCAAAUACAAACUUUUUUUGUUUUUGUCUCAAGAAAAUGGCACCUUCUGGAAGUACAACAUCAAACAACAUCAUCACUGGUACGACAAAGACUGCAAGAUCAAAAACAACACAACCAGGAAGAACACGUUACAAGAAGAAGAAGCAGAAACAAGAAAUGAUUAAAACUGUUUCACCUUCUAGAUGCUCUUCAAUAAGCUCACAAGAUUCUUCAUCAAAGGAAGAGAAAAUGGAAAUUGUUGAAGUCACUAACAAUAACAGUGCUUGUUCAACUCCAAAAGGUCAGAGAUUUAGGAUACCAGAGAUUUCAACAUGCCCUCCAGCACCAAAGAAACAAAGGGUACUUUCAAAUUGUUCUUUGAAAAGGUCACCACUUUCAUUCUUUGUUCCUCCUGAUUUGGAUCACUUCUUCUUGGUCAAACUUCCAGAUGUUUCAGUUUGAUUUUGUGUUUUUUUUUUUUUUUUUAUAGUUAAAUGUUAGUUUUUUUAGUAAGUUACUAUUUUUAUGUUAUCUUAGUAGUCAGAGUUUGAACUUUGAACUUUCUUCUCAAAGUUCUUUGAUUUUGUGUGUUAAUAGCAUGAUACAUAUAAAAUAAGCUCAUGAAAAUCACACUUUAGAAGAUGGACUUUUGAAGUGGUUUUUAGUAUAUGAGAGGUAUAUGCAACUUUAAGAAGUUUUAGAUUUUGGUAUGUUGAUUUUAGGAAACAGUUAAUCCCUUUGUUUAGUUUCUGCUAAUUUUAGCUUUGUAACAACUUCUAGUUGUAGAGUUUUGGCAGUCACUUAAUUUUAUAUAUUUUUCUAUUUUAUUUUUUUACCUUUUAUAGAACAAUGUUACUUAAGUGUGAUGAGUGAUAAUAUAAUGGGUUUGGUUUGAGGUUUUUUGUAUAAAAAA